AUGGAGGAUAUAAGUUUGGCAAUGCUAGAAGAAAAGUUGUAUAAAAACCUUGCGUUGGAUGAAAGUAAGGUAAAACUGGCAUUGAAGUGCAUGCCGAUGGUGUAUGGAUCUGAAGAACAGCAAAUUAUUCGUAAUGAUGAUGAUCUGUUUGGUUUCCUAACAACCGUUGAUAAAGACAACCGUAGAUAUCUUUUGUUAGUGGAGGAGACGAGUAGAUCAGAUCAGUUAGAGAAGGUGUCGAGAGUGGUCAUAAGUUCGUUUGGUAUGAACUACGAAGUGUUGCAUGGAAAUGAUGAUGUUUAUGAUGAAAUCGGACCGAAGGUCAUAACUCUGUAUGUAGAAAAUGGUCAGGCAAAUAAAAAAAAGGAUCCGAUAGAUGCAGAGAAUGAUUUUAUGGAUACGGACACCGCAACGGAGACAGACACUGCAGCAGAGACAGACACUGCAGCAGAGACAGACACCACAGCUGAAACGGACACAGCAGCUGAAACGGACACAGCAGCUGAGACGGACACCGCGGCAGAGACGAACACCGCAUGUGAGACGGGUAGUCAUGUUAUAGAGGCUUGGGAAGAAGGUUUGGGUCUAUAUAAGCUUCAGGAGUUUCCAAGUAAGAAAGCACUUCAAGAGGUGGUCGAUAGAGCUGCAUUUGGUGAAUGCUUUCGUUAUGUUAUCAAAAAGUCGGACCGGAGACGAUUGGUGUUAAAACGUUGUGAAGCAAUCUCUAAGUGGAGUUUACGAGCUGCAAAGAUUUCAGAGACUGAAAUUUUUUCAGUUAGGAGGUACACGGGUGUGCAUACAUGCGCUCGUUCUAAUCAAAGUAAAAGCAGCAACAUCAAGAGGAAAGGCUCAGCAGAAUUAGUUGCAACUUUUAUGAAUGAGGAAUAUCCUGGAAAACUAAGUACUCCUGUUCCGAAAGAUAUCAUGGAUCUUAUAAAGUUAAAACUUGGUGUAACAAUAUCCUACUCCACAGACUUGAGAGGGAAAAAUCUAGCUAUUUUUGAGUUGCGUGGUGGUUCGGAAGAGAGCUACAAUAUGCUAUAUAGCUACUUGUAUAUGUUAGAGCAUGUCAAUCCGGGAACAAAAACAGGGGUGAAGUUGGAUGAGGCAAAUAAGUUCAAGUCCCUCUUCGUAGCUCUGGGAGCUUGUAUUGAAGGGUUUGCAGCCAUGAGGAAGGUGAUAGUUGUCGAUGCCACAUUUCUGAACAAUGGAUAUGGUGGUGUACUAGUAUUUGUUAAAGCUCAAGAUCCUAAUUGUCACCAUUAUCCGCUUGCGUUUGGUGUACUCGACGGUGAGAAUAAUGCUAGUUGGACAUGGUUUUUCGAGAUGCUCAAAACUGCUAUACCAGACUCUUCUGAAUUAGUAUUUAUGAGUGAUAGAAACCAGAGCCUAAUCGCGGCUGUAGCUAAUGUGUUUCCACAAUCUCACCAUGGCCAUUGUAUAUGGCAUUUGUCUCAGAAUGUGAGAGGGCAUACUUGUAACAAAACAAAAUUCGUAGUCGCAUGGAGAUUUAUGGAGUUGGCUAGGUGUUACACGGUGGCUGAGUUCGAGUCUGCUUACGCAUCUUUUAAGGUGAGAUUUCCUCCAGCGUACAAGUAUUUGGAGGAGCAUACGGAUAAACGCACAUGA